AUGGACGUAAUUGGACUAGUUUCUGGAGGGAAAGAUAGCUGCUAUAAUAUGAUGUGUGCCCAAGAACAUGGUCAUCGAAUAGUCGCUCUAGCGAACUUGCUUCCUCCAACACCACAAACCGAAUUAGAUUCUUUCAUGUACCAGAGUGUAGGAGCUGAAGGAGUAGCUUUAUAUGGCGAAGCUAUGCAAUUACCUCUAUACAGAAAAGUUAUCAGCGGAGGUUCUCUCAAUCAAAAUUACGAUUAUGAGCCUACUGAAGGAGAUGAAGUGGAAGAUUUAUACAGCCUUUUGAAGGAAAUAAAAGAAAAACAUCCUUCUGUACAAGGUGUGUCCGCUGGAGCGAUUCUGUCAACUUACCAGAAGUUGCGUGUUGAGAAUGUUUGCCAACGACUAGGCUUAGUUCCUCUUUGCUAUCUGUGGGAGAGAGAGCAGAAGGAACUCUUACAUGAAAUGAUUGAAGGAAAAGUAGAAGCAAUCAUUCUCAAAGUUGCAGCAGUUGGUUUGAAUAGUUCACAUUUAGGGUUAUCUCUGGCGCAGAUUGAACCAACACUCUUGAAGUUGAACGACAAAUUUGGCGUUCAUCCAUGUGGAGAAGGAGGAGAGUAUGAGACGUUUGUAUUGGACUGUCCUUUAUUCAAAAGGAAGAUCUGCAUUGUCGAAAAAGAGAUCAUAGUACAUGACGAUAAUGACGUUGCUCCUGUCUGUUUCUUACACUUACAAAAGUUAGAGCUCGUUGACAAAUAG